CCGCCCAAAGGAAAUAUGUUGGAAGGUGAUCUGAAUGCCAGUACCGAAGGUACACGGGAGUCCGAGUAUGAAGCUGUGGAGGAUGAUACAGAAUCUGAUGAUUCAACUGCUGUUGAUGAGGAAGAAGACGACGACGACAGUGUUAUUAUAGAGUAUGAAAGAGAAGAAGGAGACGGUCAGGAAAGCAUACCUGCAAAAGAAAAGAAGUUGGAUGAUGAUGAAGAUCGGAGAAACCCACAGUAUAUCCCUAAACGUGGCACAUUCUACGAGCAUGAUGAUAGAACAGCUACCGAGGAUGUGAGUACUGGUGAAACAAAUGAGAAGGAACCAGCAGACCGUGUAUCUAAAGAAGGUCAAGGAAGUAGCGAUUCUAAAGCAAAGAAAGUAUGGCGUGAACAUGAAAAUCGAUGGAGUCACGAUCGCUAUAAUGAGGAUGAACAGGCACCUAAAUCACGUGAAGAAUUGAUUGAAAUAUAUGGCUAUGACAUCCGUAAUGAAGAGGGCCCUCCGCGUGCUCGGAGGAGGAGGAGAUACGGGCGAGGUCCGAAUAAGUACACAAGAAAUUGGGAAGAUGAAGAUGCAUACAAUAAACCCCAGGUGUCUGUCACAUCUGCAAGAGGAGGACGACAAGGUGGACGACAGAGAGGGACCAAUCAAACUCAAAAUUCUGAUUCAGAACGUCAAGAAGAAUUUCCACCGCUUACAAAUAACAAACAAGAUAACUCUGAGAAUACUAGCAAUUCUGUAGAUCAAAAUCCAACUGUACAUGGUUCAACUUACAGUAAUCGGACUAUGAGUGGUAGAAAAAACAACAAGGAAGAAGGAAGUAGUAAUACAAAAUCUCAUCAGGAUGCCUUCCCUCCACUGGAAUUUGAGUCUCAUCAUAUCCUGCAUUCAGGAAAUCAGGAGUCACUGAGCAGGGCUCAAAUCAGCACAAAUAGUAAUAAUUCAAACAGUGUGGAAGAGACUGGUGGUAUCUCAAACUCAUCAGCAGGCGGACGAGUUCAUCGGGAUACUCGCGAUGGCCCCUUUACAGAUGCUGGACUGAAAGGAGGUCGGGGACGUGGUCGUGGUAGAAGUAGAGGCAGAAGCAGUGGGAUGGAUAUUGUUCCUGGGAGUGUAAUGAAAGGCCGAGGUAGCGCUAGAAGUUCAUCUGAAACAAGAUUACCUCCAGACUCCAUGCGACUGCAGCAUCAUGAUAGUGGGAAUGAAUCUGCUCCCCCACCAAAUCAGCAGCAUCACCAUAAAAAUUCUGAUGCUCCUUCAUCUUCGUUCCAGGGGGCAAGUAAACCUCAAGAUGAGGUACAUAGAGAAUACAAUCAGCGUAACAGCAGUUGCACAGAAAUUGGUAAUGCACAACCACAGUACCACCACCAAAAUCAGCAGCAGCUCCAGCAGUCACAGGGUGGAGUUCCAGGUGCAGAGCGGAGGCAGCAGAUUGUGGUGCCACCUAGAUUGCAACAUCAGCAGCAUCAACAAGAUAACAGUGGUAGCAACCGUCCCAAACGCUACUCAUCAUUACGCCAACGGUCGCUGCCUGAAUCUGGAGCAACGUAUACCCAGCCACCUCCCACUACUGCUUACUACCAACCUGCUGGUGAGUUAGAGAGUAGCGACUGUGCUACAAACCAUCCUAAGCGCUACUCAACGAUACGACCAUGUUCAGGAGCAGUCUACACACAGCCGGACCAUGCCUCAACCUAUUUUCAGCCUGCUGCAGGUUACAUGACACAGCAGCCAGUUUAUGGUGAUUCCCCGCAGCAUCCACAGUCGGCAGGGACACCACCACUUCAGCUGUUGCCCCCUCAUGCUCACCCCCCUGCCCCAGCUUAUGCUGCCCCAUUUCCAUCACCUACAACAACUUUUGUAGGUCCUCCACCCCCUCGCAUAUUGCCCCCUGGGGCUGGUGCUCCUCCUACAUUCAUCCCUGCUCCUACACCAGGUACACCUAUUAUGAAUUACGUAGGUCCCCCGCCAACGUACACAGCAUUUCAGGGAUAUACAGCUGUGCCAACUCCAGGACCACCUCCAGCUGAGUUAUAUCAGCCACAAGGAGGUAUUACAUACUACAAUACGGAAGAGCAGAAUAUAGUUCCUCGUCCAAUUACGCAGAAACGGCAGAGAAGUGCUAUUCCCAUAGUGCCACCACCAGAUCGUUUCCCACGGGGACGUGGUAGGACUAGUCGAGAAGGGACGUCCCUUGGUGAGUCAGGGGAUACAGGAGAGAGGCACUCCAUCCCACCCCUUGCUGCUUCACCACCACCAACCACAGCCCAGUUUGAAGAUGCGCCAUCACCCAGUUCUACUACCCCAACAGCAACAAAGGUGGCAUAGAGGCUCCCAAAUAUUCUCAGCACCCUGUUCACAAACACCUUCAAUCUGUGUUCUUCCCUUAAUGUAGGAGCCCAGGUUUCACAUACAUAUAUAACAUCAGGUAAAAUGAAGUGGUGUAAUAUGUAUGCCCUAGUAUGUGUUUUGGCUUAAUUUAUGUGUUGUAUUUCUUACAUUGAAUGUGGCAAAGGGUUUGCUGCUCUGAGUGACUCGCAUUGCUUCUGAUUUCCAUUAUAAAUAUUCUCUCACCUUUUAUGAUGAUGUACCUUUGUUCAAGGAUUGUUGUGGUUGGUGGGCUGAUUUGUUGUUAUUGGUUGUAUAAUAUCCCACACAUGGCAGUAAGUUACUUGCUGACUGAUUUCAUAUUUUGGAAUUUAUGGUUAUAAAAAUAGGUUCAUAUAGCAUUUUGUCAUUAUUAAACUGUGCAAAGAAGUUUUCUCAUGCAGUGAUCCUUAUAAGAAUGGGAUUAGUAUGCAAUGUUAUGGAGACAGUCUCUGCCUCAGUCAUCACUGACUAAUGUAAUGAGUGCUGCAACUGCCCAUUGUAUUUAUAUACACAACAGUUCAUGGAGUGAGGUAGCGGGUAGGAACUCUCCUCGGAGACUGUCCUACUUCAGGGAAGUGAGUGCCCCUGCCCACGCGAACUCCGGCUUCCCCUUGCCUCGGGGGGGUGGGGGGGGGAGCAACCUGUAAAGGUCCCUCUACCAGGUUUACGGUAGAUAACAUAGGGCAGCAGCUAUGUAUUACUGGGCCGAGGGUAUUGAAGAAUGAUUUCCCUAAAGGCUCGACUCCAGAUACUCACAGAUGGUAAUCACAUCUUGAUUUAACUGGCUAUGAUACUGUGAUGAGGAAAGCCACAGGAAACUACCUCAUUAUUAUCCCUAGUCAAAAUCAUUACGGCAAGAAAUCGUAACUCAGUGAAAUACGAAUUGCCUUGAUGAUAGUUAACCUCUGUUCGGAGACAGCACCUUAAGAAGAAGAAGAAGUUCAUGGAGCUGAGUUUCCUUGUCUGAGAGCAAACCAAGUAGGAAGGCAGUCAGGCCGGGAUUAUCUACUACUGACAUGUCUGGCUCGAAUAUGUUCCAUGCAUGUUCUUUACAAACUGGCAUUAGUUCCAUACAAGUCAGUGAUCAAAUGCUUUAUGAAAGAGGCCAUCAGAAUCUGGCUCUGUUUUGAUAACUUUAAUAGAAAUAUGAAAUUUAGUCUAAGUUGAUCCUGGAACCCAGCUGCUUCAUCAAAAUGGGGUAGUCAAAAUACAAUGGAAGGAUCAAUGAUAGCACCCUGGAUUGUCCAGGUUAAGCAUCAUGGGCUGUGAUGACUGAUAACCUGACUGCCAUCGUUUGUUUCCAAAAUGUUGGAUACUCUAUUUUUACAUGGCUGAUAUUCAGAGAGGAUUUGAUUGCAUUCAUUCACUGUGAAAGGUUUAAACCUUAUACAAAAGAAUGUAAAUUGUGCAUAGAUUAGAUUUACUAACAAGUUAUUAGGAAUUUUGCAUAUAUGAAACAAAAUGGUCAUUUUUUUAAUAUGUGUGGACAUUUAAUAUUCCAGUAAGGUACCUCUUUGGAGCAAAGAAGUUUCCUUGCAAAAGGGCUUGGAAGCUAUGAUCUUUAAUGUGUCAUCAAAGCAUCAUAAUGAUCUGCAACUAAAGUACCUCUAAAUAGAACAGACAAGCAGUAUUCAACUAAACUGCUGUACUAUCAUUAUUUGACCAGGUUGCCUGUUUCAGCAUAAAGAUAUUUUCUUCAUACACUUAAAAAGUACAUGACUUUGGAGUGAAUUCUAUUCAUGUGUUUUCUUUCUUGGUGACAACUUUUCUUUGACGUAAAUACGUCUAUAUUUUCAGGUCAGUGUCAUUCGGCAAAAAGUGAAACGAAAAAGUGUAAC